CGCAUUUUGAAAAGUGCUUGUGACGAUGUUGGUGCCUGGCGUGGACUCAAAGCCUCUUAGCGUCGAUGAGUUCGAAGAGCAUGCCAAGGCGUUUCUGCCUAAGCCAGCGCUGGACUACUACGCGUCAGGCGCCGACGAUAUGCUGACGCUCAAGGAGAACCGGUUGGCAUUUCAGCGACUCAAGCUCAUGCCGCGUGUCCUUCGCGAUGUGCGACACAUCGACACGUCCACGACCGUUCUUGGCCAGCCGAUCAAGACCCCCGUGUGUAUCGCUCCGGCGGCAAUGCAACGCAUGGCGCAUCCCGAUGGCGAGUUGGCCAGCACCCGUGCUGCUGCCGCCGCUGGUGCCUGCUACAUUCUCAGUACAGUGUCCACAACAAGUCUCGAAGACGUAGCGGCUGCCAAUGGACCCAAUGCGCUGCGCUGGUUUCAGUUGUACAUCUUCAAGGACCGCGAACUCACACGCAGUUUGGUCGAGCGAGCAGAGCGUGCUGGCUACAAGGCUCUCGUGCUCACGGUGGAUACACCAAUCCUUGGCAACCGCCAAGCUGAUCUCCGCAAUGGUUUCAAGCUUCCCAGCCACCUGAGCAUGGCAAAUUUUGCCGGCGGACGCCAUGCCACGGGCAUCAACGAAGUGGGGCUCUCAGCGUACGCGACGGAGCUGUUUGACACCAACUUGACUUGGGCGGAUGUCGCGUGGCUCAAGUCGAUAUCAUCGCUGCCGGUCGUUGUGAAAGGCGUGUUGACGCCGGAAGAUGCCGUCCUCGCGUGCGACGUCGGAUGUUCCGGCAUUCUCGUGUCGAACCAUGGCGCCAGGCAACUGGACACUGUCCCUGCCACGAUUGAAGCGUUGCCUGCUAUUGUGGCCGCGGUCAAGGGACGCGCCGAAAUCUACUUGGAUGGGGGCGUUCGUCGCGGCACGGACGUAUUCAAGGCACUCGCGAUGGGUGCGCGGUGUGUGUUUGUCGGCCGCCCCAUGUUGUGGGGCUUGGCGCACAGUGUACGUUGCGACUCCGACCGCCUUGACGAUGUCGACCAUGCGGAUGACGUGGGGGACGGGGCUGCUGUUGUAGGGCCAAGACGGAGUUGAACAAGUUCUCGAGAUCCUUACGAAUGAAUUGGCACACGCCAUGAUGUUCUCGGCCACGACUGCAAUUCCCGCUAUCACAAGCUCUUACGUCAAGCACGAAGCGUACUUUCGGCAGGCCACGUCGCAUUUGUAAAGUCAACGUGUUGGUGCGAGUCCCGUUUAAUAACAAGUACACAACAACAACGACCGAAUGUCCGUCCGUCUACUUCUUUGCGACCUUGUUCUGGUUCUUCAGUUGAGCCGAGGGUCGCACAUCGUCGUGUACCGCUCGGGCAAGUCCGCUGCGCUGAGGCCUUCCGGUCCACCCGUGCAUUCCGUCACGUUUUCGCCCGUCAGCUCAAUGUGCACGCCGCCGAGAAUCUACAAAGCCCAUGUCACCCUCUGAACCAUCCAUACAUUGGACGAAUGCAUGGGGUCCGCGUACCCGAGCAAACGGGCGCGUCUUGUAGCCGUUAGGGGUCGUAAUCGUAUUGCCGUGGCAAGGGUCGCACGACCACACGACCUUGAGCCCGGCCGCCUGGAUCGCGGCAAUAUGUAUGGGCAAGAGCGUUUCCACCUACGGCGCAUGUCAGCCAUCCAUUUCACCUUGGCCAAAACGCAAUACCUUGUCGUCGCCGUAACGCGUGAUGAGCGUAAUUUUCCCAGGCGUGAGGUCAGGAUUUGGCCACAACGUGCGGACGAGCUCGACCAGUUCGUCAGGUGGCGUCGACGGGCCGACCUUGACCCCGAUCGGGUUGGCAAUUCCACGAAAGUACUCGACAUGGGCAUGGUCCAGUUGCCUCGUGCGGUCUCCAAUCCACAAAAAGUCCGUGCCCAAGUUGUAGUACUGACCUACCACCAUCUUUGUGUGCAACCGAGUUGUGCAUCGACCGUACCGUUGACUUGGCGGGUCAUGGCUUCUUCAUAGCCCAAGCCCAAUCCUUCGUGCGACACGAACAAGUCCAUUGUCUUCAAGCUAGUGUCGGCGCCGACACCGCAAGUGUGGACAAAGUGCAGACUGUCCUGGAUCGCUUCCACCAUGUGCGCGUACUCUUCACGUCGGACAGAGUUCUGGACAAACCCGAGCUCCCACUUCGCGGCGUCGUGGAUGUCGGCAAACCCGUUGUCGAGCAAGAGACGACCGUAGUUGAGCGUGGCUUACGACGGUCUCCGUGAGUGUCGAAGGAGGAGCGAGGUAUUGCUCGUACCAGCGCUGUGGAAGUACCCUUCCAAGAGACGGCUCGGGUCCGGCGUUCGAUCGUCCUUGUUGAAUCCGUUCACGUUUUCGCCACGGAACGUGCACACGUGUUCUGGAACAACAUGCAAGAUGACACUUGCCAAAGGAGGUUGUGUCUACCUCCAUCAAUGACUUCUGUUGCUUGCGAGCGAGGUUUGGAGAACUGUCCGGCCAUGCGUGCCACACGAGUCGUUGGCAUGCGAGCGCCCCAGACCAAGACGAGACUCAUCUGCAUCAUGAUGCGCAGUUUCUUCUCAAUGAUGUCCGCCUGGCAAUCGCUGAAACUCUCUGCGCAAUCGCCGCCUUGCAAAACAAAGCGCUUGCCUUCCGCGACUUCAGCCAAUUGAAGACGCAGUCGGUCAACUUCUUGCACCGAGACAAGCGGCGGGAGGCCCUUCACUACAAACACGUGAACCAAUUACCCUCGCAAGAAAGGGCGAUCGAGGCGUACACUUGUCCACGACCACGUCCAGAUCCUUUUCAUUGGGGUACGGCGGCUGGUGCUUGAUGGGAAACUUCCUCCACGAAGAUGGAGACCAGGCGCUUUCGGUGGUCAUCGCCGUGCGUUGUUGAAUUGUGCGGAAGCGUUUUGGGUCGCGU